AUGUGUCUCUCCAACCAGAGCACGGUAACCUUUUUUAUCAUUAAAGGCAUUUCUGAUGCACCAGAGCAGCAGGUUCUGAUCUUCCACCUGGUUCUGCUGAUUUAUCUCACCACACUUGGAGGUAACAUGAUGAUUCUUCUGCUAGUUUACCUGGACCCUCAACUGCACACUCCCAUGUACUUUUUUGUGGCAAACUUGUCAGUUCUUGACAUCUCAUACACCUCCCUUACUCUGCACAAGAUACUCAUUAGCUUUAUUUCAGGGGAUAACACAGUUUCCUUCCUCGGGUGUAUGACACAGACAUAUAUAUUUGGAUCCUUAAUAGCUGAUCAGCUUCAAAUACUGGCGCUCAUGAGUUAUGAUCGCUAUAUGGCCAUCUGUAACCCAUUGCGUUAUCACACAAUCAUGAACCAUAGAAGAUGUUCUCUACUUGCUACAGCCUGUUGGAUGUUGGGAUUUUUAGAAAUUAUGCCCCAUAUUGUUUUAUUAUCACGUUUUUCUUUUUCUAGCAAUGAACUCAACCACUUCCUAUGUGAUAUUGUACCUCUUCUACGACUAACAUGUAGUGACACUACGGUUUUUGAGCAGAUGGUAUUUUUUACUAUACUUUUUCAUGUAUUAUUCUCAUUUCUUCUCAUCUGCAUUCCUUAUAUUUUUAUAAUUAAUACCAUCCUCAAGAUCCGUUCAAGCAAUGGAAGACAUAAAGCCUUCUACACGUGUUCCGCGCACCUCACAGUGGUUACUCUGCUUUACAUUACUCUCAUCUGUCAAUAUCUUAAACCAAAUUCAGGAGGCAGUGGAGAAUCUGAUAAAGUUUUCACACUGUUUAAUACGGCUGCAGUUCCAGCCCUAAACCCAAUAAUUUACAGCUUGAAACAUAAAGAUAUCCAAUCUGCACUGAGACGGAGACUAAUGCUUUAUCAAAGGAAAUAA